AUGUUUCAACCUUGGCAGCUUCCCGUUUCCUUGAGUGUACUGCAGUUUAUGAUGGCAUCCGUGCUCGCCUACUCUUCGAAUGCAAUUUGGUCCGGCGUGCUCACUUCAUUCUGUGUAAAGCGAUCACUGGCAAAUUCGUUCUUCAGCUCAGAAAAUCUUAUGCUUCUGAAUCAAGCAGCGAUUUUCCUUGGGAUAGCUGCCGGGAGCACAAUCAGCAGAGCGAGUCAGGAAGUGGUGCAGGGCGGACCAGCAUUAUCGAGUAUGAACACUUUGGCUGUCACACUCCUCGUUGGAGCUCUGCUUCAGCUCAACCUGUCACUGAUUACAAUCAGCGAAAUUUCUCUGGAUUUUUUUGUUAGCAUAGUGAGCCUGGGCCUGGGAACCGUGAUUCCAGUUGCCGCCCUGAUGCCUGCAUGGGGAGGUACAGGUCCGUCUCAUGUUUUUACCUGGCACAUCGUCUGCAUGGCCAUAGCAUGGCCUUGUCUUUCCGUGCUGGGUUAUUGGAGCUACAAAGCUGAUGUGAUGGGUGGAAGCAGCAAGAACGAUCGGCGAGCCAUCCACAUGUUUUGUAUGCUUGGAGUUGGCAUUCUUUCAAUUGCAGGAUACGCUUGUCUUUUCGAAGCCCACAGGGAGAAUGGAGAGGGUCAGUUCGGGGGCCUCAUGGUCGAAGGCAACAAGUUGACAUUGAAGCGAGGUCUGGGCCGCUUCAUCCAUGUUGCGAUCGGCUACCUGGUUGUUCUGGGAGUGUUGCUGCAAGCUUUCAUGGGCCUUUGGAAGCGGCACGUCCUUCUCAAGUAUGAUUUGAAGGCCGUCACUUGGCACGGCGCGCUUGGGCGGGCUAGUUUCGACUUGCAUUGGUGUUUGCCUUGA